UAUGUGCAGUUGAUGUUGGAGACGAAUAAAGAAGGAGUGAGAACUGAGAGCACUGUGUCGUUGAUGCUUACCUCCACAUUGGUGACCCCUGACUCGAGCAUGCAACGGGCCGCAGAUGACGCAGACUCCGCUAUGGAGGCAUCAGCGGCCGCCGGACCUCCGCCUCCUGUUGCAGCUACGUUCGCUGUGGCGCUGAAACUGCCGGACUUUUGGCUCCAUGACCCCCCGUCGUGGUUCGUACACGUGGAGGCUCAGUUCGCCCUUCGCGGCAUCUCGGCUGACGACACGAAGUAUCACCAUGUGGUGGCCUCGCUCGACCCGCUGGCCACCCGUCGCGCGAUGGCGCUCCUCCGGGACCCACCCGCCCAAGGGAAAUACGCCGCCCUUAAAGAGCUGCUUCUUCGGCGCUAUGCCCUCUCCGACGCUGAACGAGCCGAAAAGCUCCUCAACUUGUCAGGCUUGGGUGGCGGUACCGCGCUCGAGCUCAUGGAGAACAUGCUAUCGUUGCUCGGGCCGGAUGACGGGGGAUUCCUCUUCGCCCACCUCUUCCUCCGCCAGCUACCGGCCGCCGUGAGAGCUGUCCUCGCAAACUCCCCACUUCUGCCGGCGAAGGAUUAUCGCUCCCUGGCUGAAGAAGCGGAUCGCAUUCUCCUGGCUAGCCGCACUUUCAACGUUCACGCCCUGGCUACGGACUCGCCGGCGGCGCCUUCCACUGCUCCACCUGCCUCCCCCGGAGCAUCCGCCCCCUUGCUGACGGCAGGGAUUGCUACACGCCGGCACCGCGGAAAGAACAUCUGUUUCUACCAUCAGCGUUUUGGCGACAGAGCGCGUCGCUGCCUGCCGCCUUGCGCUUUCACGGCCCAGGGAAACGGACCCGCCAGCGCGCCGUAGCAGCCGCGACCGCUGGCGACACAGAAAGGCUGCUCUUCAUAGAGGACUCGCGCUCCGGGAGACGUUUUCUCGUGGACUCCGGCUCCCAGAAGAGCCUCCUUCCCCCUACCGCUGCCGACGGACUAGCAGCGAACUGUGGGCCGCAGCUCAUGGCAGCUAAUGGCUCUCCCAUCACAACGUUUGGGGAAAGGAGCGACGCGCAAUCAACGGAGUCCGAGUCGCCUGCAGCUUUUUCUGACCGCCAGUGCCAGCCUCGCUUCCGGGCUGGGUUGCCCUCUGUCAGUUCCC